UGGGUAUGAAAUUAACGAAAAAUCUCGUCCCAAAAUUCCCAUUUUCUAGGGAGCCUUUGAAAUAAAUUUUCCGAUUUCACUCUUUUUUUUCACCCUUCGGCCUUUGUUAAUUGUAACACCAUUUGAAGCGUUUCGACUCAGAAGAGAGAGAAGAAGAGAGAGAGAGAGAGAGAGAGAGAGAGAGAGAGCGAGCGGAAGAAAGAGAAGAUGGGUUGGAUCGGAGAGCAGAUCGAUUCCAUCAAAUCCUUGAACUUCAGACAAGUCCUCACUCAAGCCGUUAGCCUCGGUAUGAUCGUUACAUCCGCACUUAUUAUAUGGAAAGGAUUAAUGUGUAUUACUGGCAGUGAAUCGCCUGUAGUUGUCGUGCUGUCUGGCAGUAUGGAGCCCGGUUUCAAAAGGGGUGAUAUCUUGUUCUUGCACAUGAGCAAGGACCCAAUUCGCUCUGGAGAAAUUGUUGUGUUCAACGUUGAUGGACGUGAAAUACCUAUCGUCCACCGAGUUAUCAAGGUUCAUGAACGCCAAGAAACCGGAGAAGUUGAUGUCCUGACUAAAGGAGAUAACAAUUUUGGGGACGACAGACUUCUGUACGCACAAGGUCAACUUUGGCUGCACAGACAUCACAUUAUGGGACGAGCUGUUGGAUUCCUGCCUUAUGUUGGUUGGGUGACGAUAAUCAUGACCGAAAAGCCUAUAAUCAAGUAUAUACUAAUAGGUGCUUUGGGAUUGCUAGUGAUUACUUCAAAAGAAUGACAGACUUUGAAAUUUCUGGAGAUUGCUCAUGUCACUUUAUACACUGCCAGAUUUGAAUCCCUGAUUUUGUAGACUGAAUUUAUUGACUGAAAAUCAUGUUAUGUUCUUGAAAUAUUAACUCCCGACGCAUGUUCACAGUUCUUUUGCGGGGCUGUA